UCUGGACGUGUCGGGACUCGGGCUCCGGGCGCUGAGUAAUGCUCGGCGCAGCGCGAUCCCAGCCAGAGCCGCCGCCGCCGCCGCUCCGCGCCCAGCGCUCCCGGGGCGCUCCGGCCGCGACCCUGCCCGCUCCGCCGGCCACCCGGCGACACCGGCGGGGGGCGGCGGGGGGCCCGCGGCUCCCCAUGUGCCUGCGGGCCCCGCGGGAGCCGCAGCGCCCCUCGGCCGGCCGGCCCCCCCCACACCCCCCCCGGGCGCCCUGCCCACGCCCGCCGCGGCCCCGGAGCCCCGGGGCGCCCUGGGGAGCGGCGGGGGAGCGCGCCCCGAGGGCCGAGGGCCCCCCCGGCCCCCCGGCCCGUCCGGCCAUGGGGGGCUGAGGCGGGGGGGCGCGGAGCUUGGCGAGGCGGCGGCGGAGGGCAGGGAGCCCGGGGGGGGCGCGCAGCCCUCGGCGGGCGCUGGGGCGGCGGGAGGCGGCGGGGGGGGCAUCCCGGGAGGAUGGCAGAGCCGCCCCGGCGAGCCGAGCCCCGGCGCGCAGGGAGCCAGUGAGAGGGAGGAGAGGGGAAAACACAAACAAGCAAACAACCCACAACAAACAAAGCGGGCAGAGAGCAGCGCCGAGCCCCGCCGCCCCUGCCCCAAAGGCGCCCGCCCGCCCGCAGCCCGCACAGCCGCUGCCCCAGCGAAGAUGCGCCCGGCCCUGGCCCACGGACUCUGCUCGCUGCUGCUCAGCCUCUGGGUACCCAGCUCCUGCUCCAAUGAGAUCCUGGGCCUGAAGCUGCCGUCGGAGCCGGUGCUGAACGCCAACACGGUGUGCCUGACGCUGCCGGGGCUGACGCGGCGGCAGCUGGAGGUGUGCGUGCGCCACCCCGACGUGACGGCCUCGGCCAUCCAGGGCAUCCAGAUCGCCAUCCACGAGUGCCAGCACCAGUUCCGGGACCAGCGCUGGAACUGCUCCAGCCUCGAGACCAAGAACAAGAUCCCCUACGAGAGCAUCAUCUUCAGCAGAGGUUUCCGGGAAAGCGCCUUCGCCUAUGCCAUCGCGGCGGCCGGCGUGGUGCACGCCGUCUCCAACGCCUGCGCCCUGGGCAAGCUGCAGGCUUGCGGCUGCGACCAGAAGCGGCGGGGCGACGAGGAGGCUUUUCGCCGCAAGCUGCACCGGCUCCAGCUGGAGGCCAUGAACCGCGGCAAGGGCAUGGUGCACGGCGUGCACAUGGAGCACAUGCCCGCCGAGACCCCCGGCCUCCAGGACUCCUGGGAGUGGGGGGGGUGCAGCCCCGACGUGGACUAUGGGGAGAAGUUUUCCAAGGAUUUCCUCGACUCCCGGGAAACCUACCGGGACAUCCACUCGCGCAUGAGGCUGCACAACAACCGCGUGGGGCGGCAGGUGGUGAUGGACAACAUGAGGAGGAAAUGCAAGUGCCACGGCACCUCGGGGAGCUGCCAGCUGAAGACCUGCUGGCAGGUGACCCCCGAGUUCCGCCUCGUGGGGUCCCUGCUCAAGGACCGCUUCUACGGGGCCACCCUCAUCCGGCCCCACAACCGCAACGCGGGGCAGCUGGAGCCGGGCCACGCUCGGCACCGCCGCCGCGCCGGCAUCAGCGAGCUGGUCUACUUCGAGAAAUCGCCCGAUUUCUGCGAGAGGGAGCCGGCCCUGGACUCCUUGGGCACCCAAGGGCGCCUGUGCAACAAGACCAGCCCGGGCAUGGACAACUGCGAGAGCCUGUGCUGCGGCCGCGGGCACAACAUCCUGCGGCAGACCCGCAGCGAGCGCUGCAACUGCAAGUUCCACUGGUGCUGCUUCGUGGCCUGCGAGGAGUGCCGCAUCACCGAGUGGGUCAGCGUCUGCAAGUAGCCUCCCGCCCGCCCCGGGGUGCCAGGGACAAAGCGCGCCCGCCCCGGGGACCGGCGCUGGGGGGGUGAUGGAGCCGCGGCGGCCGCUUCCCUCCGCUCCGGAGCCGGAGAGGAGAUGCUCAGCACGAGGGCGGCCCGGCCCUCCGAAACCAGCACUUUGUCGUCACCCGGGGUGGGUGGGGGCUUCUUGUCACCCGGGGAGGGUGCCCACCCGGCCCCACACCGAGGCACCGGGGCUGGCAGCCCUGGGAGCGCACGGCCACGCUGUACAGAGCGCCGACACCAGCACCGCGCGGGGGGCACAGGGUGGGCACUGG